GCCUCUGUGAUCCCCGUCAUCCUUCGUCGCCGCCUGUCCGACGAGCUGCUAUCGUUAUGGCAGACCUUCUUGAGCCGGUUGUGGAGGAGCGGGCCGAGGACAUGGACGCCGCCGAUGAGGAGGAGGAAGAGGAUGAGUUCCCCUUCCUCAAGGCCGACCACCCCGCACUCGAGCGGGUCCAGGCUGCCCUGCACAAGCACCUCUCCGGGCAGCAUGACCGCGUCACCCUCUCUGUCCGCGAGAAGUCGGAGGAGCUCAAGAAGCUGGCGCUGCGGCGUCAGGAGCUGGGCACCACCCUGUACGCAGUGCAGCAGCAGCUGGCCAAGCUGCAGGUGGAGCUGGAGCAGCGACACGACGUGCUUGCGGCCGCCAGCCAGGGCAGAGAGGCGUCCGAGGCACACCUGCAGGGCUUCAACGGCAAGUAUGAGUCCAAGAAGGGCGAGGUCACGACGCAGAUCAAGCGGCUGCAGAAAGCGCAGGAGGAGGUCAACCAGCUCAACAUGACGCUGCAGCAGGUGGAGAACUUCAAUGAGCAGAUGAAGGCCGAAAUACAGGUAGGUACCUAACGCACAUUGAGAGACCUAAGCCUGCCAAGGGGAGAGAGAGAGGCAAGAGGCCCCGUGGCCUGUAUGUGUGUAUGCAGGUGACGCGGCGAGCGACAUACAAGGCUGAGGACGCUAUCCAGAAGAUAGAGAAGGACAAGAUGAAGCAGGACUUCCUCAUCGAUAAGAUGAAUGAGCAAAUCAGAUCACUCGCAGAGAUGAAGGGCCUCCACGAGGCGCAGCUCGCCGCGCAGAAACGGGAGACAGAGGCGGCCCUCGCCACCCUCAACGAGGCCGCCCGCGAGAUGGAGAGCAUCGAGUUCGAGAAGCAGCAGCUGUUCCAGCAGUGGAACAGCAGCCUUGUGGGCAUGCAACGCCGCGACGACGCGCUGCAGAACAUCCAGAAGGCCCUGCAGGAGCUGGAGGAGACCGAGUUUGCGAUUGAGAGCGACAUCCGCGGUGUGCACGCGGCCACGAGGGGCGAGCAGGACCGCAACGAGCAGCUGACGGCACUGCUGCAGCGCAACCAGAACGAAAUGAACCACCUCACCACACAGAUGCAGACCAUCAAACAGGACCGGUGGGUGGGUGGGUGCGUCAAUCAGCCUGCUCGACACGUGUGUGCACUGUGGAUGGAUGGAUGGAUGGAUGUGUGCUGUGCAGGGAGCGUCUGGCGGAGCAGUACUCGAUGCUGAAGAAGUCCUUGAUGCACACACAGAAGGAGGCGGCCAAGAUCGACUCAGCCCUCUCCACCAUCGAGCAACAGGGCCAGGUAAGCAAUGGAAUGGAGAAGAGGCACGUCUGUCACUGUCGAUCAGACACAUGCAUGUCUCUCCUCCUCUGCAUCUAUGUGUUAGUUGGUUGACGCGAGCAUCCAGAAGGUGGCCAACGAGGCCACCCGGCUGACCGAGAAGAUCUUCGACAUCGUCUCAGAGCAAACAACACUCGACCGAUCCGCUUCAAACACAGCCAAGGUCAGUCAGCCAACCACUUCAGCACCCCCUUGGCCAACACACACACACCUGUGUUUUCCUUGCAGUUAGCGAAAAAGAUUCACGAGCAGAUCGGCCGCAAGGAGGAUGAGUUAGCGGCGCUAAGCAACGAGAUUGCGCGCGUCAAGGUCGACGCCCUCAACACUCGAGCGCACAAUCAGCUGCUGAAGGACCGGCUGAAGCAGCUAACGGACGACCUUGCUGACCGCGAGAAGCUCAUCGACCAGUAUGAGAUGGAGAUUCGCAAGAGACACCACCACAUUGAGAAGAAACAGCUGUUCGUCGACCGUCUCAACAAGUGAUCACACACACACACACACACAAAGAGAGAGAGAGAGAGAGAGAGAAGUGUGGGUGGGUGUGCGCGUGUGUGCCUGGCUGAAGGGAGUAUGACGAGAAGCGUUCUCGACAGGAGGACGAGAGCACGGGUCCGUUGGAGGCCAAGAUCAAGAAUCUCCGCAAGCAGAUCGCCGACAAGAGCAAAGAGUGCGGCGAAAUGCAGAAGGAGUGGAUGAAGAAACAAACCGAACUGAUCAGCCUGCAAAGCGACGCAUCUUCACUUGCGAAAAAGGUAACUAGCUGACUUGAGUGGCGUUUCUGUCCAUCGAUGAAUGCAUGGCAUGUGUGCGCGUGUGGGUGUGAUGCAGGUGUCUUCCCAGAAGGACGAGACGGCCAUUCUGCGACAGCAGAAGGUUCGUCAGGAGGGCACUUUGGAGCACACUAAGAAGGAGGUGCGGGGGCUGCAAGGCGCUGAGAAAAACCUCCGCCUCGAGCUGGAGAAGCUCAACGCCCGGGGCAGCAAACACACCACGCAGGGGGCGACCCUGACCUCACAGACGGGGCUACUCGAGAAGGAGUUUAUGCGCAAACUCAAGGACAAGGAGCUGGAAUGCACCGCCAUCGAGAAGACCAUAGAGGUGUGUCUGUAGAUGUGUACAUAUGUGGAGUGGUGGACGGACGGAUGGGUGUGGGUCGUCGGUGCGUCGAUCAGCGUUCGAAGGAGGACAGGGAAAACCUGCAGCAAGAGCUGGUCGAGGCCGAGAAACAGGUACGCGCCAACAUGGUAUUGUGGUGGUUCUGCAUGUGCACACAAUGUCUGUGUCUCUUUCUGUGACGUUCCAUUUUCCAGUUGAUGUUAUGGGAGCGCAAGAUAGUGUUGGAGAAGGAGAUGCAGGAGGCCCUCGACCCCAAUGUGGGUCAGGCCGAGGUGGCCUCCAUGAAGAAGGAAAUACACCGGUGGGAGACACACAUAAGAUACACACACAGUGCACAGAUGCGUUUGAUGCGUUUGUGUAUGCAGGAUGGAGUUGCGGUUGGAUCAGCUGAAGAGGAGACAGGAGCAGCUCAUAUCCGACAUGGAACGGGUAAGCGGCCGGCUGAGCCCAUUCAUUCGACCGUUCAUGCCUUCACUGCACAUUCAGGUGAUCCACAAGCGGGAUGUGAUUCAGCUCAAGUACGAGCCCGUGCAGCGGCCGGGUGUGCUCAAGGCCGACCCCCACAUGAAGGCCACAUUGAGGAGACAGCUUAACUCACUCAGGACGAACCUCAAACUUGCCACAAGUAUGUUUGUGUUGACAAAGCCUGUUGGUCCGUUGUUUGAAUGAAUACAUGUGUCCAGGUGCCAUUCAGGAGACGGAGAACAAGUGUGGCGACCGCACAGUGCGGCUCGAGGAGGUGUGCAUGCGUGCAACCACAUGAUGAGGUGCAUGUUGUCUGUCUAUGCGCCCGUUUAUCAGCUUCAACAAGAGGUGGACAUCGCCCAGUCGGAGACAACACAGUUCGAAAACUCAGCCAACAACCUCAACCUCACUGUGCUGCUCCAGAGGGGUACACAAGCGAAUGAAUACAUCCGACACACGAGUGUCUCUCUCCCUCUCUCUUUCUCUCUCUGCUGCUGCUGUGCAUCCACUGCAGCUCGUCGUCAGCGCAACUUGAGUGAGGUGCUCAAGUUCCAGCGAAUGGCCAAGAGAUUCGAGGAGGCCACAACAGGCACAGCGCCACCCAAAGCUGUACAGACAAUCCCUCGCAACAUUUCCGUGUCUGCCUCCAAUAUGCGGUGUGUGUGUGCACCUUUGCAGGCCUCCUCGAUUCGUGAUGGCCUGGCCCGUGAGCAGCAGACGGCCGUGGCAGUGCAGAGCGUCCUCCAUCAGCUCUACGAGGUAUAACAUACAGGCCAAUUUAUUAAUCCACGCAGACGGCGACCGACAUUUAUGGAUUAUCCAUAUCUCAUUCAGAGUGCGCCUCACCUGGAGCCCCUGACCACCUUCUUCCUCGAAUGGGCCACGCAAAACGUCGAUGCAACAGCACCUACCACCGCCGCCCAGCCACCCGAGCAGCCCUCUGAGGAGGCGCCGGUGCAAGAUGAGCAAACAGAGGAGUCUCCCGAGGGUCCCGCCGGUGAGCCUGAAGCCGCAGAGGCAGAGAUAGCUGAGCCGGCGGUGCCCGAGCCCGCACGCGCAGAUGAGCAAGAAGAGGGAGGCCCGGAGGAAGGUGAGGGACGCGAUGAGGCACCAGCAGCUGGAGAGGAUGUGCCGGAUGUGCACAGCGGAGAUGAAGGGGUAGAGAGAGAGGGAGGAGAGCCUGACGCCGCGGAAGGCGAACAGGCAGAGACAGAGGGGCAGCAUGGAGAGUGAGUGAGAAUGAAGUGUUGAGGCGUUUCUGGUGUGACGGUUGUUGUCUAUUUGUCGGGCCCGGUGGCAAUGGCAUGAGGAGACAUUGAUCCAUAUUGGUUGCUCAAUCCCAUGCAUAAAUGCGACGGAUGUGUACUGCCAGGCUGGUAGGCAUCCACGCACACGACCAAGUGCACACGGCGUGGCUCUCUCCAUCGUCUGCCGGCGCGACCAGCUUCCUCGCGACGAGUGAGUCAUCGGCGCAGCCCAACUCGAUGAAAUGCGCAUGCUCCUUUACGAGAGAGGAGGAGGGAGGUGAGCUUGAACAGGAAAAGAGACACGCACCUGUGUGCAUGGUCGGGUGCUGUGUCUCCCGUGUCACUGUGUGUCAGGUCCGGUGGUUCCUGAGGCUGGUUCACCUGAGGGCCAACACGAGAUCGCAUACACACCGAAGGAAGGUCAGCACUUACACACGCAGACAUACAGGAGACACACGUAACAGACAUGUCUCGUCUUGUGCCGGUUUGGCUCAGCGGCUGUGGCUGCGUCUCUGCCCCGUUUCAUGACGCAGCCUGAUCUUGUCUCGGAGGCCGUGAACUCGGGAGCGAAUGUGGGUAAUGUCGUCAACACUGUGGGCCAAGUGGCGGCGUGGCCGUUCAAUGCUCAGCAACAGGUAUGCUACAGCCAACCUUACUUCUCCGCCAAUGAACACGGCAUUCACACACAUGCACACUUAUGUGUCUGGGCAGGUGUUCGUGCCGCCGCCUUACGCUCAGCCGCCCUACGCUCAGCCGCCCUUCAUCCAAACACAGGUGACGAACAACUUGUCUAUGAAUAUCGACUGAGGAGACAUCCAUGCGUGUGUGUGUGUGUGGCCAGACGUCGUUUCUGGCGAAGAAGGUUCAAGGCGAGGAGGGCAAGUGAUUGAAGCUGAUCCACCAAGACGCCACACGCACGCACACAGA